UUUCCCUCAGAGCCCUUAAAGUCCAAGUGUGAGUUUUCAGUGACUCUCAAGCUGUUUUCAUCUAAUUCCUACUCAAAAAAAAAAUUGAUCUCCUUGUUCCUUGUAAAUCUAAUCAAAAACAUCAAAAAAGAAAAAAAAAAAAAAAACAACUUUGGUAGAGAAAUCACAAGAGGCUGUUUUUCUUUAUUAGACUAGCCAGUGAAGAAUUACUUUAAGGAGAUGGCUAUGGAAAUUGUAACUGCUAUUUUGAGCCCAAUCGCAGAACACUUGAUACUGCCAGUUGCGCGACAGAUUGGGUAUUUGUUUUACUAUAGGCGCAACAUCAGGUCUCUGGAAAAUGCAUCUGAGCUGGAAGGUAUCAGAAGCGGGGUGCAGCUAAGAAAGGAUGCUGAAUGGAGAAACUCACGAGUCGUUUCACUCAAUGUUGAGGCGUGGUUAACAAGUGUUGGUGAAACUACUGCUGAGGUGGCGGUUUUACUAGGACGUAGAAUUGAGGUUGAAAGAGGUUGCAUUUAUGGUUGGUGUCCAAACUUGAAGUCACGUCACUGACUGAGCAGGAAAGCUAAGAAAAUUGUACCGGCUAUGAAUGAUCUUCAAAAUAAAGGCAGAGGUUAUGUUCCUUUCUCCUAUCGUGGUGAGGAGUUUGACUCCAGAAAACACAAAGAAGAAGAGGUCAUCGCAGCUUUGAGAGAUGAGGAGAUCAUUAUUGUUGGGAUAUGUGGUAUGGGUGGUGUUGGUAAAACAACACUGGCUGAGAAAGUAAGAGCAAGGGCAAAACAAGAAAGGUUGUUUGAUGAUGUUGUCAUGAUAACUGUCAGUCAACAACAAGACCUGAAAAGAAUUCAGGGUGAGAUCGCCGAAGAAGUCAGGCUGACGUCGUUGCAAGGAGACAAUUUGUUGAGUCGUGGAGAUCUGCUGCGUGAAAGGUUAAUGAAGAAGGGCAGUCGCAUCCUUAUAAUUUUGGUUGAUGUUUGGGAGGAUCUUGAUGAUCCAGAGAAACUUGGAAUUCCCACUGUUAGCAACCACGACUAUCAGUGCAAAGUGGCAUUGACGACGCGUCUCCAAGGUGUUUGUGUCGCUACGAAGGCUCAAAAGACCGCGGAUGUUGGAAUUUUAUCUCAUGAAGAAGCAUGGGUCCUUUUUAGGCAGAAAGUCGGCUCUUCAGUGGACGAUCCCUCUCUUCCUAAAGUAGCAAAAGAUGUUGCCAAAGAAUACAAGGGACUGCCAGUUGCAAUUGUUACUGUUGCAGGAGCACUAAAGGGUAAAAACAAUCCUAUAUGGGAGGAUGCCCUUUCAGAAUUACAAAAAGCAGCACCAAAAAAUAUCCCAGUGCUUACAAAGGUGUACCAACCUUUGACGAUAAGCUAUAAUCACUUAGACAGUGAUGAAGCCAGGUAUGUCUUUUUGCUUUGUUCCUUGUUUGAGGAGGAUAGUAAUAUUUGGACUGAAGAAUUACUUAGAUACGGAAUGGGGUUUCGCAUCUUUUCGGAAGUCAAAAAUUUAGAACAUGCAAGAAAUAUGUGUAAUCUGUUAGAAACAUUGAAAAAUUGUUUCUUAUUAUCCCAAGGUUCAGACGAAAAUUAUUUCAAAAUGCAUGAUGUGGUGCGAGACGUGGCUAUAUAUAUUGCGUCUGAGGGUGAACAUAAAUUUAUGGUAAGUCACAAUGUGAACUCAGAUGAGUUCCCAAGAAAAGAUUCUUACAAGCAAUACAGUCACAUGUCAAUUGUUGCAAAUAAAUUCGGUGAGCUUCCCAGACCAAUAUCUUGCCCACGACUGAAGCUUUUGAAGUUAAAAUUCUGUAUUGAAGAGGGUUUCAAAUUACAGGAUGGUUUUUUUGAAGGAAUGAGUGAACUCAGUGUCAUAAGACUGAGUGGAUAUGAUCGAGACUCCAUUCUGCCCUUUCCAUCAUCCAUUCAGAGGUUAUCAAAUCUGUGGACGCUAUGUCUGACUAAUUUAAGAUUGGAUGACAUAUCCAUUAUUGGGGAACUUGUCACUUUAGAAAUUCUCAGCAUCAGAGAUUCUUACUUAGAGGAGCUUCCAGUGGAGAUAAGAAACUUGACCAAUCUAAUUGUGUUAGAGUAUUGGAAUCCUUGGCAGAGAGAACGUAUGAGGAUUUCACCAGGGGUCUUAUCAAGACUAGUCCGAUUGGAGGAACUACACAUGGUGAGAGCAGAAGAUUGUAGUUGCUCCACCUUGAGGGAUCAGGAAUCCUUAUCGAGAUUGACUGCACUGACAUUUGAUGAAUGUUCCGUAGAUGUGAUUUACAGUAACUUGGGCCUUUCCUCCAAGUUGACACGGUACGCUCUUAAAGUGGGUCGAGACUACAUGUAUACUUCAAUCAAGAAAACUUACAAGAUGAUCACUCUAGAGGUCACCGAGAGCACCCAAUUGGGUGAUUGGAUCCGCCUCCUGUUGAGGUAUAGCGAAUUUGUACAUUCAAGAGGAAAGGGCUCCAAGAAUGUAGUGGUCGAGUUGCAGAAUGUGAAAGUUCUCAAGGUGGGUUUUUGUGAUUCAUUGAAUAUCCGCUGUCAGAAUAACAUUCCAUUCCCCAAACUUGAAAGGCUGAAAGUAAAUGGGUGUGAUCAUCUACGGCAUCUUUUUUGUGUGUCCUUGGCUUGCCCUGAUGAGGGGACCUCUCGAAGGACACACAUCAGACCUGACGUAAUCAAGUUCCCCAAUUUAUAUUACUUGGAACUGGAAUAUCUGGGCUGCUUCACACACUUUUGCAGUGACACCGUUGAGGGCAUUGAGUUCCCUCUGUUACGGGAAAUGCAUUUCUCGGGAUUAACAGAGUUCCAAAAUUUCUGGCCAACAGCCAACAAUGCUAUCACCGACUCAAAUCCUCUUUUUAAUGAAAAGGUUUUUGAAAAGCUAGAACUCGAAGAGGCUAACAGCAUAACUGCUCUAUGCUCUCACCAACUUCCAACUGCCUACUUCAGCAAACUUGUAACUUUGAAAGUGGAAAAUUAUGGAAAAUUGAGAAACUUGAUGUCUCCAUCUGUGGUCAGAGGUCUUCUGAAUCUCCGAAAACUAGUGAUAAUAGAAUGCCAAUCAAUGAAAGAAGUGAUCACAGAAGAGGAACAACAAGGAGAAGAAAUCAUGUGUAAUGAGCCCUUAUUUACCCGAUUGGAAGACUUGUACCUCUACGAUCUACCAAAGCUGGGGCAUUUCAUUCUGACUAAGCAUGCUCUUGAAUUUUCAUUUCUUAAAGAAGUGGAUAUUCGUGAAUGCCCUAAAAUGAAGACAUUUAUCCAACAGGGAACUGUUUCUUGUCCCAACCUGGAAGUGCUAGAACUCUAUGAGGCCAACAGCUUAACUGCUCUAUGCUCUCACCAACUUCCAACUGCCUACUUCAGCAAACUUGUAACCUUGAAAGUAUUGUGGUGUGAAAAAUUGAGAAACUUGAUGUCUCCAUCAGUGGUCAGAGGUCUUCUAAAUCUUCAAAAACUAUGGAUAAUAUCCUGCCAAUCAAUGGAAGAAGUGAUUACAGAAGAGAAACAACAAGGAGAAGAAAUCAUGACUAAAGAGCCCUUAUUUCCCCGAUUGGAAAACUUGUACCUCAAGGAUCUACCGAAGCUGGGGCAUUUCAUUCUGACUAAGCGCCCUCAUGAAUUUCCAUUUCUUAAAGAAGUGUAUAUUCGUGAAUGCCCUAAAAUGAAGACAUUUAUCCAACAGGGAACUGUGAGUACACUGAAUCUCGAAAGCGUGAACAAUGACGAUGAGCUGAAAGUUGUUGAUCUCAAUAAAGCGAUGUUCAAUUCUAAGGUUUCCUGUCCCAAUCUGGAAAAACUAUUUAUCAAUGGGGCUCACAGCAUACCUGCUCUAUGCUCUCACCAACUUCCAACUGCCUACUUCAGAAGGCUUGAAAAAUUGGAAGUAGAUAGUUGUGAAAAAUUGAGAAACUUGAUGUCUCCAUCCGUAGUCAGAGGUGUUCUAAAACUCCGGAAACUAAAGAUAGAAAAUUGCCCAUUAAUGGAAGAAGUGAUCACAGCAGCAGAAGAAGGAGAAGAAAUGAGUAAUGAGCCCUUAUUUCCCCUAUUGGAAAAGCUGUGCCUUUACGAGCUGUCAAAGCUGGGGCACUUCUUUCGGACAAAGCGUGCUCUUGAAUUUCCAUUUCUCAGAGUUGUGAAGAUUCGUAAAUGCCCUGAAAUGAAGACGUUUGUCCAACAGGGCUCUGUGAGUACACUGAGACUCGAAAUUGUGAACUAUGAUGAUGAAGAACUGAAAGUAGUUGAUCUGAAUGAAUGGAUACAUCAGAGGUUCAAUUCUAAGGUUUGUCUUGUGGUGCUAGCUGGCUGUAUAACUAAUUAACUCUAUUGCUCUCUUUCCAUCUUAACUUAAUAGUAAUAGCAAUAUUCAGAUACUCAUUUAUGUUCAUCACUUGAAGUAGCCUCCAAAUGUGUCUUUCAAUUAAAUAUUGUAAUGUCUAUUCUUUUGUAAUCUCCAAACUCACGAAGAAGAUGGAAGCGAAUCUAAAGCUUCAAUUGAGUGAUGGCAGAAGCUUUGUCAAUGAAUCCAUAACUAGGAAGGUAGUAAUUAAGUACUCGAUGAUAAGUCCAAAAUGCAUCCAAGUUAGCUCGAACUUUGCCUGAUACCUAUGCUCGUGAUGGGAGGUAACAAGCAGAGGUGGGCCAACACUAUAACCCACGUAUCCACGUGAACCCAACAGCUUUUGCCCAGAGACUUGUAUCUCUAUUUGUAAUUUCUAGAAAAUACUUUAUUGUGAACACAAUUACUAUUAUUAUUAUUAUAUUAGCUCAAUAUUGAACUUGAGUGUCCUGUAGGAUUCUAUAAACUUUAAAUUUUGAAUUCUCUUUUGGU